ACACACGAACACUUCCGGUUUCCGUUGUUUACCAUCGACUCAGUGUGUGUGAGAGAGUAAUAAACACCGCGAGCUGCUUUUUAUCCAGCGUUAAUAUUCCGUUUAUAGAGUUUAUAGAGUUUGUAACCGCUGUGUGAGGGGAAGAAUUCCGCAGAGUGGGUUUGUGUUGCAGGGUUGUGGGUUAAUGAGAGGAAACGGAAGGCGCUGUUUCCGGUGCUGAUUAAUCAAACAGGAAGAAGCGGUAAAUAAUGAAGGGGAGAAAAAGUCGCGCUAAACGAGCAAAACUCUCACACACACACUCACACACACACACCGCGGACACACCGAAGAGCACACACACCGUUGCAGGGAGACUGAACACAGAGCUCUGUCGGCUGUGUCAUGGCCGCUUCUCGGCGAGGAAGCUGCGGCGUGCGUUCGGGACGCAGCCCGACCCGGUCACGUGGCCUUCGUCGCCGGAGCGGUCCGAGUCCGAGCGCGCAACUCCGCGCUUCUGUUCGGACUUCCAGCAGCUGCUGGGCGUGUCCGUGCGGCGCGACUCGACGCUCUCGCCGUACAUCUGCGCCGACUGCCACGCCCAGUUCUACCAGUGUCACGGCAUCCUGCAGGCCUUCAGACACCGCGUCAACUCAACACCGCCACUCAACACACUCAACACCAACACCGAGAGGUGCAAUUCAACAUGGACGCCGUUCACAGACGAACCAGAUCAGUCCUCUCCUCCCAUCACCUCUGACCCUCGCUGUUUGCUGCGUCUGGUGUCGUGGACUCAUGAGCACGCGGGGAGCUGCAGUUUCCCUCCCGGCCUGCAGGAGGUGCUGGAGGAGCGGUGUGGAGGCGCGGUCAGGGUGGUGUGGCGCUGCGGGGACGGACACUCCUACACCAUGGACACCGGGACACACUCACACAACCACCAACCAAUCACAAGCAGAGAGGAAAACUCCGCCCACACCAACACGGAGCAUACACAGAGCUCCGCCUACAAUCGCUUACACACCGAAGAGCCGGACGGUGCUCGGUGUAGAGACGAGAUCCCAUCACCUGCUCAGCGUUUAGAGGACAGCGACCUGUCGGACAGGAAUUUCUGCAGUGAGGAAGAGGAGGAGACGAGGAAGAGCAGCUCGGAGGACAGCGCACACGCUACAGCUGACAAACAAGUGAGCUCUAAGAAGACGAGUAAAGAAGUGAAGAACCUGCAGCCUAAAGAGAGGAAGAAGCCUGGACCCAAACCCGGGUGGAAGAAGAAGAUCAAAUCAGAGCGAGAGGAGCUGCCCACCAUCUAUAAAUGUCCUCAUCAGGGCUGUACGGCGGUGUACAGAGGAGUGGACGGCAUGAAGAAGCACGUGAAGGAGCACCAUGAGGAGGUGAGGGAGCGGCCCUGUCCUCAUCCGGGCUGCAACAAAGUGUUCAUGAUCGACCGCUACCUGCAGAGACACGUCAAACUCAUACACACAGAGGUAAGGAACUACAUCUGUGAUCAGUGCGGUCGGACGUUUAAACAGAGGAAACACCUCUCUGUGCACCAGAUGAGACACUCAGGAGCAAAACCACUGCAGUGUGAAGUGUGUGGGUUCCAGUGUCGUCAGCGAGCGUCUCUGAAGUAUCACAUGACCAAGCACAAGGCGGAGGCGGAGCUAGAGUUUGCGUGCAGCGUGUGUGAGCGACGGUUCGAGAAAGCGCACAACCUGAACGUCCACAUGAGCAUGGUGCACCCGCUGUUACAGGAACACAACACACACACGGCGGACAUGAGCUGAGAGCUGUACGGCCUGAACACACACACACACACACACACACACACACACACACACACGGCGGACAUGAGCUGAGAGCUGUACGGCCUGAACACACACACACACACACACACACACACACACACACACACACGGCGGACAUGAGCUGAGAGCUGUACGGCCUGAACACACACACACACACACACACACACACACACUGCAACAUACAGUGACACUCGGAUCACACUGGCUGUGUUCCAUUCAGGAGUCCCUACGUAGGGAGCAUGUUCAGACUGUCUGUGUGUGUGUGUGUGUGUGUGUGUGUGUGUGUGUGUGUGUGUGUGUGUGUACCGGUCAGGUACAGAGCAACACGGCGGACUGAGCGGUCGCUCCGAUGCGCCCUACAGCCUAAAGUGACCACUAAACACACUUUUAAGUGCACUUCACUGCAUCACUGUGUUUUAUUGCAUUCACAUCAUCACAGAACAGUCAAGUCUGUUUACUUCCUGUUUCCUGCUGCGCCGAGCGGACUUCCCAGAAUUCCUUUGCGUGUCCAUGUCAAUCGCAGCUCGCUAUAAUUACCCACAAUCCUCCUGCAGAGCUCAGAGUUCAUCAUGAGCGACAAAGUGACAAACGGGAGAAGUCUUCUCAUCACCGAGAAGUCCUGCAGGUCAAAGGUCAUCAGGGUUCAUCAGAGCCGAGAGCGCAGCUGCCACCUCGGGGUCGAGCUCCAUACACUCCUCCUCCAUCUGAGAGAGAGAGAGAGACAGAGAGAGAUACAGGCAGCCAGAGAGAGAGAGAGAGAGAAAGAGAGAGACAGAGAGAGAUACAGGCAGCCAGAGAGAGAGAGAGAGAGAAAGAGAGAGACAGAGAGAGAUACAGGCAGCCAGAGAGAGAGAAAGAGAGAGACAGAGAGAGAUACAGGCAGCCAGAGAGAGAGAGAGAAAGAGAGAGACAGAGAGAGAUACAGGCAGCCAGAGAGAGAGAGAGAGAGAAAGAAAAAGAGGGAGAGAGACAGAGAUACAGGCAGCCAGAGAGAGAGAGAGAAAGACAGACAGAGACAAAGAGAGAGAAAGAAAGAAAGAGGGAGAGACAGUCAGCCAGAGAGAAAGAAGGAAGGAGAGACAGUCAGCCAGAGAGAAAGAAGGAAGGAGAGACAGACAGAUAGAAAGAGAGAGAGAGACAGGCAGCCAGAGAGAAAGAAAGAAAGAGAGUGAAUGACAGACAGAUAGACAGAAAGAGAGAGAGAGAGAGAUUGUUUUCAAACACACACACACACACUCUUCCCCUGAUUAAAGGCCAGAGCAGUGGGUUAGUAAACAGACCGUCAGCUGGAAGACAGAACAGCGCAGGCGGCGUAUCGAGCUGCUCGCAUGCUAACUGUCUGGAGGAAUAAAUCGGUUGCCAGGUGACGGAAGCAACAUGACACCAAAAUCCUAAAACAUUCCUCACAAACCCAUUUACUCCACUUUAUAUAGUGCAUUUUAACCCUAACGCUGAAGAGCAUUGUCUAAGUAAUUAAUAUAACGUAUGUAAUAUUUACAAACCUCCAACAUACUAACAAUAAAUAGACAAACAAAUAAACAAACAAACAAACAAUCCAGAGUUCAUGUGCUGCAGGAAAACCGUGGACCUGGCAACACUGAAUAAACCGCGAAUCUCAAGUGUUGCGAUAUGGAGGAUUUUAUCGCUCCUGUUUUUAACAGCACUGUUUAUUUAUUUAUUAUUUUUGAACUGUAACACAUGUAAUAGAACAUCGUUAAUAACGACCAAAGGGGACGAGCUCGAGGGAAAAACGGGAUCAGAACAGGACAGAGGAGCACACAGCACCUAAUCGCAAAGUGUGUGUGCGCGCGUGUGUGUGUGUGUGUGUGUUGGACUGAGCAAUCAAAUGUUUUUAUUUUGACCAGUGUGUAUAUUGAUGCAGAUGUUUUGUAAUAAACACACAGAACCUGA